AUGGCAAGUGUCAUGAGAGUUGUUUCACCAAUCAGCUUUCUUCUAUGCAUUGCAUGUAUUACUGUUAGCUUAUGCAAUGGAAACCUAAAUGUACCUUGCAAAGAAAAUGAGAGACAAGCACUUCUUCUGUUCAAGAAAGAUCUUACUGAUUCUUCAAAUAUGCUUUCCUCUUGGGUUGGUGAAGGUGAUUGUUGCAACUGGACUGGUGUUGCUUGUGAUAAUUUAACCGGUCAUGUCCAUGAGCUCCACCUUGCUAGUUAUCAGGAUCCAGUGACUGGGGUGAUGCAUAUGUUGGGUGGUAAGGUAAAUCCCUCUCUACUCAAUUUAACGCAUCUCAGCUACUUGGACGUAAGCUUCAAUAAUUUUAAAGGACUGCAGAUCCCUGGCUUUCUAGGUUCUCUUAAAGGUUUAAGACAUCUUGACCUCUCAAAUGCAGGGUUUGAGGGAACCAUUCCUCCUCAGUUGGGAAAUCUCUCUAGUCUGCAUUAUCUCGACCUUUCUGAAAACUCUGGUUUGAUGGUAGAGACUCUCAAGUGGAUCUCUGGUCUUUCUCUGUUGAAACAUCUUGACAUGAGUUCUAUAGAUCUUACUAAUGCAUCUCAUUGGUUACAAAUAAACACAUUCCCUUCUCUUUUGGUCGAGUUACAUUUGUCUGCCUGCAAUCUUUAUCACAUGCCAAGAGGUGUUGCAAACUUGACAAUUCUUAAAGUUCUUGAUCUAGAUCGGAACCAAUUCAACUCUACCAUACCGAAAUGGUUGUACAGUUUAAGCCAUCUCGAGUCCCUUAAUCUUUUUUACAAUGCUUUCCACGGUGAAAUUUCGAAUUCCCUUGGAAACUUGACAUCCCUUGUUGAUCUUAGUUUAGGUUGGAAUCAGCUUGAAGGGGAAAUUCCAAACUCAUUGGGAAAUCUUUGUAAGUUGACUUCUGUUGAUUUGUCUUUGAACAAUUUUAGGGGGAGGGUAUCAGAAAUCUUUGAAAGUUUGUCUCGGUGCAAUCCUGGUCAAAUAGAUUAUUUAGAUUUUUCAAAUAAUAAUCUUUCAGGUCCCAUUCCAGUGUCCUUAGGAAAUCUAUCAUGCUUAGAGGAAUUGAUCAUUCAUAACAAUUCAUUAGAGGGUGUUGUCUCUGAAGUUCAUUUUACUAAUCUUACCAGAUUAUCUAACUUUUAUGCAGAUGAGAACUCCUUGACUCUUAAAACCAGCCCAGAUUGGCUUCCUCCUUUUCAACUUUCUAUCUUGAGAUUAGGUUCUUGGUGUCUUGAACCAUCAGAGUUGCCUGCAUGGCUUAAGAGUCAAAAACAUUUGUCUGUUCUUAACAUGUCCAAUACAGGAAUUUCAGGUACCAUUCCGACUUGGUUUUGGGACAUUUUUUCGCUUCAUUCAGUAAGCUCUGUGGAUCUCUCACGUAAUCAGUUGUCUGGAGAGGUUCCAAACAUAGUUUCUGCCAACUGGCCAAAACAAAAGCAUUUCAAUGUUCACUUUUCAGAAAUCAAAAUUGACUUAAGGUCUAACCAGUUCAACGGUUCAUUGCCUCUUGUGUCUUCGACAGUGACUACACUAGAUCUUUCCAAUUCAUCAUUUUCGGGAACUCUCUCUCUCUUCUUUUGUGAUAGGAGUGAUGUACCUAAAAACCUUCAAGUUCUUUAUCUUGACAACAAUCUCCUCAAUGGAGAAAUUCCUGAUUGUUGGUUGCACUAUCCAAACUUGAACGCUGUGAAUUUAGAAGACAACAAUUUGACAGGGAAAAUUCCAAGCUCUAUUGGAGACUUACUUUCGCUUGAAUCAUUGCACUUGCGCAAUAAUAACUUAUCUGGAGAAUUACCCGUGUCCCUACAAAACUGUGAGAAGUUGUUACUUCUUGACCUUGGUGGAAACCAGUUUGUUGGAAGCAUUCCAAUAUGGUUUGGCCGAAGCUUGGUAGUUCUUAGUCUUCGUUCAAAUAAGUUAGAUGGCGGCAUUCCUGAAGAACUCUGUAGUCUCACAAAUCUCCAAAUCUUGGACCUUGCACAUAACAAUCUAUCAGGAACGAUACCAAGAUGUUUCCAAAAUUUUUCAUCUAUGGCCACUACCUUUUCAAGCGAAGUAGUUCCCAAUACUCUGUUCUUUGUGGAGUCCUACACAGAGAAUGCAAUUUUUGUGACCAAAGGCAGAGAAGUGAAAUAUAACACAAUGCUUCGUUUGGUAGCUAGUUUGGACCUUUCAAGCAACAUGUUAUUUGGAAAAAUACCUGAAGAGCUGACUAGCCUCAUUAGUUUACAAACGUUGAAUUUAUCCUAUAAUCUUCUUAUCGGAAAAAUCCCUUCCAGAAUUGGUGAUAUGAGAAUGUUAGAAUCACUUGAUUUGUCUAUGAACCAACUUAGUGGCGAAAUUUCUUCAAGCAUCUCGAAUUUGACAUUUCUCAAUUAUCUGAAUUUGUCCUAUAACAAUCUGAUAGGGCAGAUUCCAACAAGCACUCAGCUUCAGAGCUUUGAUCAGUCUAGUUAUGUUGGCAAUAAACUUUGUGGACCUCCAUUGGAAGAGCGUUGCAGUGCAAAUGAGGCCAUGCCACCCGUAGGUGAUGAGAAGCACGGAGGAAGUCUUUUUCUUGAAGAUGGUGGGUUCUAUAUGAGCUUGGGGCUUGGGUUUGCAUUCGGUUUUUGGAUUGUUCUUGGAUUACUGCUAUCUAAUGUGCCAUGGAGCAAUGCAUUUUCUCGGUUCCAAAAUCGCAUGGUGAUGAAGCUCUAUGCUGCAAUCGUUGAACUUUAUUAAAUAAUUUAUGCAGAUUGAGCGAGUUUGUGUGGUUUGUUACUACUUUUCUGCUAUACAUAUAUAUACACAUAUAUAGAAUUUUA